AUGGCUCUUGGCUCACAAAACAACUCCGCUGCCUGGAUCCGCUCGCCGGUUCUCGGAGUCCUUGGGGUGUGGGGCACCCGCUCCGCGGAAGCCGCAGUUGGCGAGGAGCUGGACGGGCACUCGGUGGAGGCGGAGUCCAACUUCGAGAUCUUGAGGGCCCAGCGGGCUCAGGCGCGGAAGGGGGUCAAGACCUUCAAGGACAUCCGGGAGAAUGAGGGUGUCGAUGAGGAUGACCCCCUGAACAGCAUCGACGACGGAAUCCGGCUUGAGCCCUUCAACAUGCGUCGCGAGAUGCGCGAGGGGCACUUCGACGAGAGUGGCUUCUACGUGCUGAACAAGGAGGGGGAGAUGCAACUUGGACGCCGGACCCCCACCCCUAUUUGCGCCGAGGGGUACCAAGUCUCAAAAAACGGCGCAUGGCAGGACGAGGAGAAGAAGGUCACGGACGCUUGGCUGGACACCGUGGACCAGGCCGAGCGCACCGCCACCUUCCGCGCCGCCGAGAAGCAGAACAAGGCCCUGAGCACUGCGGCCAACCGCAUCUCGGCCAUGGCGAAGAAUCUGGGGCCGGACUCUGAGGGCGAGGAGGACUUGCCGGAGGAGGACAAAGAAGAGGGCGAAGAGGACAAGAAGGAGGACAAGGAGACGGAGAUGAAGCCGGAAGAGGCGGAGGCAGAGGACAAGGACGAGGAUGAAGCGAAGGUCAUUGACAUCUUGGAGGAGUUGGUGGCCUUCCUGCAUCCUCUGGAGACUCCCGCCAUGGCCUUGUCUCGGGUCCGCCGGGGGGUGGAAAAGAAGGACUGGGUGGCCUUGAAGACGCGCGCCCGGAUGCGCCAGAGCAAAGCUGGCCCCGCCGCAACGACGACGGUGGAGCGGGAGGCAAAGGCGAAGAAGAGGGCCAGGUUCAACGAGUGGGGCUACGAGGAGCCGCAGGAGCCGAGUGCGUUUUGUGUUUUUUCUUGUUGCUCGUACUUGGGGGAGGGGAGGGGAGCAGGUGUUACUAGGGCUCUUGUUUUUAGAGGGCGGGACUCUGUGAGCGUGCGAUUUUCGCAUUUUGAAUGGAAUGUCGAGUUGACUUUGCUUGAAUAA